AUGCUCACCUACCUCGAGUUCAACGGCUGGCUGUGGGAGCUGCCCGACGGCUUCCGCGUCCUCGUCGACCCCAUCCUCGUCGGCAACCUCAACUUCGGCAUCCCCUGGCUCUUCGACGCCACCAAGAAGAGCCUCCCCAAGUCCCAGCCAAACGCCGGCGUCCUCACCAGCGUCGACCUGCUGCUCAUCACCCAGAGCCUGGACGACCACUGCCACCUCCACACCCUCACCCAGCUCGCCGCCAUCCGCCCCGGCCUCCCCAUCAUUGCCACGCCCAACGCGCGCGCAAUCCUCUCCGCCCUCCCCUUCACCCACGUCACCUACCUCGAGCCCGGCCAGUCCACCACCGCCGCCGCCGUCACCGUGCUCGCCACCGCCGGCCCCGUGCUCGGCCCGCCGUGGCAGCGCCCCGAGAACGGCUACAUCGUCACCACCGCCGCCGCUGGGAAAACAGAAAUUGAACGGGCAGAGGAUGCAGGAGGAAGGGGGAGGGGAAGCAGAGGGGCGGUGGCUAGGCUGGUCGUCGCCAGCGGCGACUACAUCGUCGUCAUCAUUGUUGUCGUCGACGAUGUCAUGCUUCUCUCCUCCGACACGGGAUACUCCAACUCCGAGUCGGCGGGAUCCUCCUCCCCCUCCAUGCUCUCCACGAUAGGGUCGUCGAAAGUGUCGUCGGGAAUGGGGGCGGCCAGAGCUCACCCGAAUCGUCGCUAG